AUGCCCGUCGCGUGCAUCAUCGACACAGACCCGGGCGUCGACGACGUCCUCGCCAUCCUCCUCGCCCUCGCCUCGCCCGACCUCCUCGUCCUGUCCAUCACGCUCACCCACGGCAACUGCACCCUCGCCGCCGCGACCGCCAACCUCGAAAAGCUCUUCUGGGCCCUCGACAAGCAGCUCGCUGAGCGGCCCGACGAGCGCACGAGGUGGCACAACGUCGACCCAGAGUGGCGUUCGCGGUGGGGCGCCGGCCCGAUCGAGGUGUACCUCGGCAGCGAGGGCCCCAUCGAGGGCGAGCCCGUCACGGCAAAGUACUUUCACGGCAAGGACGGCCUCGGUGACUGCACGACUCGACACCCUGACCUCGUCCCCCCUCCCUCGCACGUGUCGACUCUCUUCACCCUCUCGCCCAAGCCCGCCCUCGACGGCGUCCAGUCGCUCCUCGCCCGACACGCUCCUCGGUCCAUCGCCUACGUCGCCCUCGGCCCCAUGACCUCGCUCGCGUACCUGCACCGCGCCGGCGCGACCGACGGCCACGAGGGCCGCACGAGCCCGCUCGACCAGUUCAGCGUCGUGCUCAGCAUGGGCGGCGCCGUCGACCACCCGGGCAACACGUCGCCCGUCGCCGAGUUCAAUUAUUACGCCGACCCGUUCGCCGCCUCGGUCCUGUUCGCGCUCGCGCCCCCCAACCUCUACAUCUUUCCCCUCGACCUCACGUCGUACCUCACCCUGCCCUUUUCGCUCUACAUCUCGGCCGUCGACCCGUCUUUCUCCGACACGUCGUCGCCGUCGUCUCCGCAGGCCAAGGCGCCCCUGACGCACUUUACGUCGUCGUUCCUCGAGCGCACGCGCGAGGUCAUGCUCCAGUUUGGGAGCGACGUCAUGGAGCAGCACGAUCCGACGGUCGUGUACGCGCUCAUCGACUGGGCCAAGGCGAGGCGUGCGCGAGCGGGCGAGGGAGCGGUCGAGCUGGGCGAGGAGGAGGACAAGGGCGACGAGGGCGAGUUUGCGCCCGGGUGGGCGUUCCGGCGCGUCGAGUUCGAGGUCGAGACCACGGGCAGCAUCACGCGCGGCAUGCUCGUGCGCGACUUGCGCGCCUCGUCGACCUCGUCGACGUCGCUCACGGCGCGCACGGGGCUCACGAACCGCGCCGCAGCGAUCGAGGCGCUCGACGUCGAGGAGGUCGAGGCGCACCGGGCCGAGGGCGAGCUCAACGGCCAGCAGGCGGCCGAGGCGCACCGCGGGAGGAGCGGCGCGAGGGUCGUCGUGAGCUCGCCGGGCAGCGAGCCGCUCAGGAGGGAUUUGCUAAAGAGCAUUUGGGGCGUAGACGUAGCUGAAUAGACCAGAGAUAGACGUUUGCAAAGCAGUCGAUCGUUUCAAGCG